AUGCCUACUUUCUCUGAAUUUAUAGAAUUAAAUUUCCAUGAUUAUUUUUUGGUUUAUACUGAUGGCUCAGUGUCAACCAACUCAGCAGGCUUUUCAUUCUUUAUCCCUGAAAAGAUGGUCAAAUAUUCCGAUACCUUACCUCAUGUCACUUGUUCUUUUAUGGCAGAAUGCUAUGCGAUUACGACAGCUCUUGAGUAUAUCAAAUCUUUAAACAUUACAAAAUGCUUGAUUGUCUCGGAUUCCCAAGUAGCUCUUAUCUCGAUCUCUGCAAUCACAUCUCCCCUUAUUCUUAAUAUCAAAGCUUCGCUUUUUGAAUUAUAUUCACAGGAUAUAAUAAUCAAAUUUUUGUGGGUCCCAGGCCAUUCUGGAAUCUCAAGUAACGAAGUUGCUGAUCUCCUCGCUACAUCCACCAAAUAUCGUUUAAACCCAUCUGUUCGUAAAAUCCCGUCCUCAGAUUUUUAA